AUGGGGGUAUUACAGGAUGAUAAGCAUGGUCCAUUAUACAGAUCAGAAGUGGUAAAUGGGACAGGUAUCGGGAACCUGCUUCAUCGGGAACCUGCCUCACAAGGAGUAUUUUCCUGGCAGGUUGUUGGACACUGGCUGUGCAGCAAUUUCACACUGGGAAUUCUGGUCUGAAGUGCCAGGUCUCUUCUUCAAGUGACAAUUUCACUUAGCAAAGUAGAGCUUAGUGUGGGAGAAUCUAAAUUCUUCACAUGUACAGCAAUUGGUGAACCUGAGAGUAUAGAUUGGUAUAAUCCUCAAGGAGAGAAGAUAAUUUCAACACAGAGGGUAUCAGUGCAAAAGGAAGGUAUUAGAUCACGAUUAACCAUCUACAACGCAAAUAUAGAAGAUGCAGGGAUAUAUCGUUGUCAAGCAACAGAUGCCAAAGGACAGACACAAGAAGCCACAGUUGUUUUGGAAAUUUACCAAAAACUCACUUUCAGAGAAGUGGUGUCUCCUCAAGAGUUCAAACAAGGAGAGAAUGCAGAAGUCAUUUGCCGAGUCAGCAGUUCGCCUGCACCUGUUGUCAGCUGGUUGUAUCAUAACGAGGAAGUCACCGCUAUUUCCGACAAUCGGUUUGCUAUCUUAGCCAACAAUAAUCUGCAGAUUCUCAACAUCAAUAAAAGUGAUGAAGGUAUAUACAGGUGUGAAGGAAGAGUGGAGGCUAGGGGAGAAAUUGACUUCCGUGAUAUCAUCGUUAUUGUUAACGUGCCGCCAGCAAUCACGAUGCCUCAGAAGUCCUUUAAUGCCACAGCAGAGAGAGGAGAGGAGAUGACAUUUUCCUGCAGAGCCUCUGGCUCUCCUGAGCCCACCAUUUCCUGGUACAGGAAUGGCAAGUUUAUUGAAGAAAAUGAAAAGUACAUACUGAAAGGAAGCAAUAAAGAACUCACUGUCAGGAACAUAAUCAAUAGUGAUGGGGGCCCGUAUGUCUGCAGGGCCACAAACAAGGCAGGAGAAGAUGAAAAACAGGUACUUCUCCAAGUCUUUGUACAGCCUCACAUAAUACAGCUUAAAAAUGAGACUACAUAUGAGAAUGGUCAAGUCACACUAAUAUGUGAAGCAGAAGGGGAGCCUAUUCCAGAAAUCACUUGGAAAAGAGCAGUGGAUGGCAUCACUUUUUCUGAAGGCGAUAAGAGCCCAGACGGACGUAUCGAAGUCAGAGGGCAGCACAGAAGCUCAUCACUGCAUAUUAAAGAUGUGAAGUUGUCAGAUUCAGGGAGAUAUGACUGUGAAGCUGCAAGUAGAAUCGGAGGGCACCAAAAAAGCAUGUACCUUGAUAUUGAAUAUGCUCCCAAGUUCAUAUCAAACCAAACAAUUUAUUACUCUUGGGAAGGAAAUCCAAUCAAUAUAAGCUGUGAUGUGAAAUCUAAUCCACCAGCAUCAGUCCAUUGGAGAAGAGAGAAAUUAGUCUUGCCAGCUAAAAACACCACUAAUUUAAAGACAUAUAGUGCAGGGAGAAAAAUAAUAUUAGAGAUUGCACCUACAUCUGACAAUGACUUUGGACGAUAUAAUUGCACAGCCACUAACCGUAUAGGAACAAGAUUUCAAGAAUAUAUUCUUGCUUUGGCUGAUGUGCCAUCCAAUCCCUAUGGAGUGAAGAUUAUAGAGCUGUCACAGACCACAGCCAAGGUUUCUUUCAGCAAGCCGGACUCCCAUGGAGGUGUGCCUAUUAAUCACUAUCAAGUGGAUGUUAAAGAAGUGGCAUCAGAAACCUGGAAAAUAGUGCGCUCCCAUGGAGUUCAAACAAUUGUUGUUUUGAGCAACCUGGAACCAAAUACAACUUAUGAAAUCAGAGUUGCAGCUGUCAAUGGAAAAGGACAAGGAGACUACAGUAAAAUAGAAAUUUUCCAAACAUUACCAGUUCGUGAACCAAGCCCUCCAUCGAUACAUGGACAGCCAAGCAGCGGGAAGAGCUUUAAACUCAGUAUCACCAAACAGGAUGAUGGAGGGGCCCCUAUUUUGGAAUACAUUGUGAAAUAUAGAAGUAAAGAUAAAGAAGACCAGUGGCUAGAGAAGACAGUGCAGGGAAAUAAAGACCAUAUUAUUUUAGAGCAUCUACAGUGGACAAUGGGGUAUGAAGUUCAAAUUACAGCUGCCAAUAGAUUGGGAUAUUCAGAACCAACAGUCUAUGAGUUCAGCAUGCCACCAAAACCCAACAUUAUCAAAGACACACUUUUUAAUGGUCUUGGUCUUGGAGCGGUCAUUGGUCUGGGAGUCGCGGCACUCUUGUUAAUUCUUGUGGUAACAGACGUCAGCUGCUUCUUUAUUCGACAAUGUGGGUUAUUGAUGUGCAUCACCAGGAGAAUGUGCGGGAAGAAAAGUGGCUCCAGUGGUAAAAGUAAAGAACUUGAAGAAGGAAAAGCUGCAUACCUGAAAGAUGGAUCAAAAGAACCAAUAGUGGAGAUGAGAACAGAGGAUGAAAGAAUUACUAAUCAUGAAGAUGGGAGCCCAGUAAAUGAGCCAAAUGAAACCACACCACUAACAGAACCUGAAAAAUUGCCUUUAAAAGAAGAAAAUGGGAAAGAAGUCCUAAAUCCAGAAACUAUAGAAAUUAAGGUUUCUAAUGACAUCAUUCAAUCAAAAGAAGACGACAGCAAAGCAUAA